AGUCGAAAAAGUUUUUUCGUAUUUUGUCAAUAAAUAUCGUUGCGGUGGUAUAUUCCCAGUGAUACCAAUCACAUUAUGUCAUACCAUAUAGUGUUGGAAAGGAGAGAUUUUAAGCUGCAUUUAACCAAAAAAAAACAUAAAAUUUGUGAAGUUUACGGAGACGAUGCUGUAACAGUUCGUGUAGCACAAUAACGGUUCGCACGUUUCCGUUCUGAAAACUUCGAUGUGAAAAAUGCACUUCGCUCUGGUCGACCUAUCGUUGAAAAAGUCGAUGAAAUUAUGGAAAAGAUUGACCAGGACUGUCAUAUAAGCAGCCAUUGCAUAACUAAGGAACUUAGCAUUCAUCAUUAAACGGUUUUGAACCAUUUAAAAAAGGCUGGCUACAAAAAGAAGCUCGAUGUUUGGGUACCACGUGAAUUGUCUGAGAAAAAUUUAAUGUACCGAAUUAACAUCUGCGAUUUUUUGCUGAAACGAAAUGAAAACGAACCAUUUCUGAAGCGAAUUGAAACAGAAGAUCAAAUACGACAAUAUUGUGUUGAAAAAAAGCAUGAUCCAAGCGUGGUGAAGCUCAACAAAUGGUCACAAGGCCAGGAUUGACGACUCGAAAGGUUAUGCUGAGCGUUUGGUGGGAUUGGAAAAGAAUCAUCUAUCUAUGAGCUGCCCCACCCCGGUAGAACGAUUGAUUUCACAUUUUACUGUCAACAACUGAUGUGAUUGAAGCAAGCAAUUGAAAAAAACGGCCAGAACUGAACAGAAAGGCCUUCGUCUUCCAUCAGGACAACGCUAGACCUCAAACAUCUUUGAUGACUCGCCAAACAUCAAGAGAUGGGUCGCUUCGUUCAACGUAUAGUGAGGAAAGUAUAGCAGCCGUAUUUGAGAAUAAACAAGAAGACUGUGGAGAGUUGAUUCGGCGCCGUUCGCAACAACUCGGACUGACGUAUGGAACGACUUGACACAUCUUACAUCGAGAUCUUAAAUUGAAAGUAUACAAAAAACAGCUUGUUCAAGAACUGAAACCGCUCGAUCUUCCCAAGCGACAUCGCUUCGCUCUAUGGGCUCUUGAAAAGUUCCAAGAAGAUUUGACGUAUACGAUCCAUACUUUGUUCAGCGAUGAGGCCCAUUUCUGGCUCAUUGGUUAUGUAAACAAGCAAGAAUUUCUCAAUUGGGGCAAAGAGCAACAAGCAAAGGUUCAAAAGCUGUCAUUUCAUUCAGAAAAACCAAGAGUUUGGUGUGACUUGUAGGCCGGUGGAAUCAUCGUGUCAAGAUAACCGACUAUUUGAUGCCUGAAGAAGUUAAAGCUCGUGAUCUCGGCGACAUUUGGUUUCAAUAGGAUGGCGCCACUUCCUAUACAUUGCUUCAGUCAAAGGAUUUAUUGAAAGAAUAAGUCAGUGAGCAGAUAAUUUCACGUUUUGGGUCGGUCAAUUGGCCAUCAAAUCCGUGUGAUGUAAUACCGUAAGACUUUUUCCUAUGAAGGUAUGUAAAGACUAAAGUCCAUGUGGACAAUCUCGCUUCGAUUCAGGCUUUGGAACAAAGCAUCACGCGCGUCAUUCGCCAGUUACUAAUCGCAAUGCUCGAAGCAGUCAUCGAAAAUUGGACUCAACGGAUGGACCAUCUGAGACAUAACCAUGGACAACAUGUGAGAGCGAUAAUCUUCAAAAAAAUAUGUAAAUGCCAAAGGAAGCUCUUUUGAAUGAUAUUAAACAUUCCCCACUAAAUUAAAAGUUUCUGUGUUUUUUUCUUUAAAAAAGUAGGGAACCUCGAAAUGGAUCAGCUUUUUUAAUGAAUUGCACAAAUUCUUUCCUUCUACAAUAGAUAUAUUGAGCUACAAUGAAGAUAUUUGAAUAUGAUUUAACACAAAUUAUUUUUCUAUUAUGUCGCAUCAAAAAAUGGUUAAAAUCGAUCUAUAUUUCCGCCAUUAGAUGCCGAAUAUGAGAACUUGCUACAGCUGAACUUAUACCGAAUAUAUCGGUCAGUUCGUGAAAUACACAUUUGGCUGCGGUUUGUGUUAUCGUUUGAUUUACUAGGAAGAAAGAAGGAAUGAACAAGAAAUCAUUCAAAGAUUUAUUUCGCAAGCGCUUUCUGUGAAAAUAAGCGAGUGAUAAGAAUUACAGAGGCAGACUUUAAUGUUUUGAAUGUUUAGUUAUUUUUUGACAGAUGUUUAGUUAUUUGUUGCGUUGCGUUGACAUUGCUCAGGAGAUGUUGGACUCAGUCCGCGACUACCCAGAUCCGCUUCAGACGUACAUAAACUGGUGACGAAUCAUUGGUUUAUGGUUAUGACGUGGAAAUCAAAACACAAUCGUCCCCGUGGGAGCGUCGCAUAACCUAAGACGGAAAAAAGCACACCAAGCCUGGUCGAAUUUGUGGAUUUUGCUAGCAGUUUUCUUCGAUGUAUGAUAAAUGAGGUCUUGCCAAAGGGAUUAUUGUUUGUGAGCCGUAUUUCACAGAUCUGACCACAAUGACUUUCUUGUUCCCAAAACUGAAGAUGUCCAAGAAAGUACUACGCUUCGCUACGAUUGAGGAUAUAAAACUGCGUCGAAGGAUCGGGAAUCAGAAAAAAUUACUUCUUUAAGUGCUGUGAUAAUUGGAAAAAUGCUGGCAGCAGUUCCCUAUAUCUGAGGAAGAUUACUUUGAAGGGAACAAAAUAGAUAUUCAUGAAUAAAUAAACACUUUCUUAAGAAACACAAAAUGUGUUAUACUUUUAGAGCAAACCUCGUAUUUAUUUACAGUGCAGUGCAGUCCAUUAUACCAGUCGGGAAAGUCUAUGUAUAUUUGCACAAUAAAAUGAAUCAGACCGAAUAUUUGGAAGAAUUUGAUUUCAGCGAAUUUUCAGUUUGAUAAUUUAUGGUAUGGUACUUCAGAGGAAACUACUAACAGUCGGGUUGUGUAUUUCUGUGAAGUCUUGUUUGAAGCACUCAGAGUGCGACCACAAACUUUUUUCAUAUGGUACAUUGACCUUGGUGAUUGUUUUCCUUCAAUAAGGGAUUCUUAAAAUAUGCUUAUGCUAUUAUCAGCAACGAUAUGUGUUCAAACCAAAUUUUCUCGCAAUAAAACUCAACAUGCUGAAGCUGAAUGUUUCAGUUGUUGAGUGAACAAAACGACGAUCACACGUGCGAAUUAUAGCGGACUUGAAGGUUGUUUUGCAAGCGCUCAAACAGCAGACACGGGAAAGCUGGGGCUAUAUAAAUAACGGUAGUGUUGCACGCUUGCACUCAAGAUAGUGAAAGAGUAGUGAAAAUAAGUGAAAUAAACUGGGUAAAUGCAAAUAUCAAAGAGUUCCACGCAUUCGAGCUCUAUAUAAAUACAUAAGUGGAAUCGAGACAACGUAGAAAAGUGCAUACUAGACUGUGGCACCACCCACUUUUAUGAUAAAUUGCUUUGCAACUUUCUUAUAGGCAACAUUAGAUUUCCAAGCAAAAUGCACAGAAUACCGGCAAAUAAGCUUAAAGAGCACACUCGGUUGUUUAUCUUUCUCAUACUGAGCGCUCUCAGUGCUGCGAAACAAUACGACGAGGGUGAUUUCUGUGAUUUUACGGGUUACAACGGGAUAUGCUUGAGCGCCACAAAAUGUGCUAACUUACCGGCCUUGGCGCAUACCUUGGGUUUGAGGCGAGAGCAAAUUGGUCAUUGUGGUUUUUCGAUGAAGGAAGAAAUAAUUUGUUGUCCUUUACCAUUACCGCUUCAAGGUAAAGCCGAGGGCAGCACAAAAGGUAGCGAAGACGAUCGAGUACCCGCUGGACAGGUUGGACGACGAAUGCAAGAGAUUGACAUUUCCGCGCCAAAUUACGUGAGAGCUAAUUCACCAUGUGAGACGAGACACUAUAAUGGCACAUGCAAGACAAAAAUACAGUGCAGACAUUUAGCCGCUAGCUUGGCCGAUAUGCGUUUAAAUGAUAUGGAUGUGGCAUAUUGCGAUCAAGAAGAUUUAAUUUGUUGUCCCAAUAUUGAGCGACCAGCUGUUCGUGCUUGUCGAGCCAUUGAACGCAAUUUAGGGCCAUAUCAAGGGGGACAUGUCACCGGUGGCCAUAAAGUGUUCGCCACGGAAUAUCCUUUUAUGGCUCACAUUUCUUAUGAUCGCCCGGAUUAUAUCUGUGGUGGCACAUUGAUUCAUGAGCGUUUCGUGUUAACAGCAGCGCAUUGUGUCAUAGUAAGGGAAGGUAAAGCCAAAAAAGUAAUUUUGGGUGUUGCUAAUAUAAAUGAUCCUAAAGAAGCACGCUAUCGGCAAGAUAUAGAUAUUAAGAGAACGAUUGAACAUGAGCAAUAUUCAAGCUUUUCAGAGUAUUUCGACAUUGCAUUGAUUGAAUUGGCUAAACCGGUCAAUUACAGUCUAACCGUUUAUCCGACAUGCCUGCAUACUGAUCAAACCGAGUUACCUGAUGGCACUGAACUAACUACGGCUGGAUGGGGAAUUACUGAGAAUAGAAAGACCUCAGAACAUUUAUUAGCGGUACAAGUGAAUAAAUUAUCGCUUUCACAAUGUAAUGAACGUUAUGCAUAUGCAAUUGGACGUGCUAUAAAACAUGGUAUUGACGAUACACAACUCUGUGCCCUUGCGUACGGAAAGGAUUCGUGUGGCGGUGACUCCGGUGGCCCUUUACUUCUAAGUGAAAAUGCGGCUAAAAAUACGUACAGAGUCGUCGGGAUCGUUUCCUUUGGUUCAAAAGUAUGUGGCGGCACCUUACCGGGUGUGUAUACCAGAGUGUCAAAGUUUUUGGAUUUCGUUGAAGCCAAUGUCUGGCCGCAUGGACGGCAAUCGUAUUUACACAGUAUAUAUCAUUAAUUAAUAGAAAUAAUUAUAACUAAGUAACUUGAAAAUAAAAGUAACUAGAACUAUUUUAAUUGUUUGUGGAAUAAAAAAAAAUCUAUGAAAAUUUUAAUAAUAAAAUACACGAAGCUAAU